UGCCGCGACGGAAAAUCCCGUUAUAAACAUACAAAUGUUACUAUUUGAAUACUGCAGGCGCGAGUUGUCUUAGCAGAAUUUUACCCCACCAUACACCUUUGUUUAGGGACGAAUGCACAAAUGCAAAGAAUACAAUUUGUUUAAUGCUUUUAUACUUAUGUUGCACUGGAAUGUUAGACUGGAAAACUCGGUAACGUUAGCAACCGUGUCCUCCAUUUAGACACUUGAGCGGCUAGGCUAACUCUCAAACAAGUGCAGGUCCAACUUGUAAUCCACAUCGGAGGAGCCUGAUGGUGGAUAGCUGCUGAAUCAGGCAGGCGGGCAAGGCCAGCAGGGAGGCCCUGGAGGAAUGGGCAAGGCUGGACAUGAGAGUCCAAGUUCAUAACAGCUCCGACCAGGCAAAGCCGGCACCAGCCGAGAUGUCGGAGAAUGGCCGCGCACGGAGAAAACGUGUGCCCAAGUUAUGCGACUGCUGCGGACCGAACACCAAACCUCAUGCGCUGGGUCACGGGCCGGUCACGAAAAAACGCGGCCGCAAGAAGAAAGAGGUGGCGAACGAAGUGGAGGUGACGACUGACAACCAUUUAAGUUCCACAUUCGUAGAUUUAGCAUCGACACCAGACACCACGGACACCAUGACUGUAUGCGAAACGCAACAAGCAACACUUUCUGAAAUAUGCCCUGGGGAACAGAUUAUUCCUCCGGUUCUGCACAACGGCACCCCGGCCAGUCCAGAUAAAGGUCCAGAAACUAACAGCGAGAGCGAUUUUGCUGAUUGCACUCCACUCAGUGACUCAAAAGAACCCAGCUCUGUCAUGCACAGUCCAACUCAUGCUAGUUUGGAUCCACACUGUGAUCCUACAACACCUCUGGACUGCAUGCAUGGUAGUCCGACCUCACACAGUGACUGUAAGGAAAACUUCAUAUGUCCUGCUGGGCAGAGCAGCAUCACAACGUCAGAUCAGCCCCCAGACAGUGAUGCAAUGGAAAUUGAACAGGCUGUGUAUGCAGUUUAUCUAAACACGAAGGCUUUAAGGGACCACCGUUACUGUAAACGGCCUCAUGUCGACGCCGAAGAAGAGAAUGCUAUCUCACAGCCACCUUCAGCUGAAAUCCAGCAGGAAGACAUUGUAGAACUUCUACACGAAUACCUCGAGCUUUUCUAUGGGAAGUAUGGGAGCUUUGUUCCACUGAAUGAGGAAGACAUUCUUGAGUACCUGAACAAACACUUGAAUGCGGAUUUUAAUGACAGAAAGAAAAUGAUAAACAAAGAAGUGCUAAAGUACAAGGCUGGCUUGGCCUGCGCAUCAAUGCAUUUCUUCAAAGUGACGUACAAUAAGCACACGCUGGCACUCGAAGACCUCUCAACACUUGAAGACCAAAACUGGGUCAAUGACCAGGUCAUAAACAUGUAUGGUGAACUGAUCAUGGAUGCAACAAACCACAAGGUCCAUUUCUUCAACAGUUUCUUUUACAAACAGCUUGUAGCAAAAGGUUAUGAAGGAGUGAAAAGGUGGACAAAAAAGGUGGAUGUGUUUUCUAAAAGACUGCUGCUGAUUCCCCUCCACUUGGAGAUCCACUGGUCCCUGAUUACUGUGGAUGUCCUCAAACAAAACAUAAACUUCUAUGAUUCCCAAGGAAUAUUGUUCAAGUUUGCCGUUGAAAACAUUUUGAAAUACAUCAUAGCAGAGGCAAAAGAAAAAAAACAUGCUGCUCUCCAGAAAGGCUGGAAGAUGACUGUCAACAAGGGUAUUCCACAACAGAAGAAUGAUAACGAUUGUGGAGUUUUUAUUCUUGAGUACUGCAAGUGCCUGGCUUUUAAAGAACCAAUGCAGUUCACACAAGAGGACAUGCCUAAAGUGCGCAAACGAAUAUACAAAGAACUCUGUGACUGCAAGCUCGCAGACUUACAAAAACUGAUCUAAGGUUUUCACAUUGUUCACCCAUACUGGUUAAUGGAUUAUUAUUAUUUUUUGGUUAUUAUUGUUGGUCACGAUGGAAGACGACCUGCAGGCCAUGGAGAGAAAUCGUCAUUUUGUUGUCCCGGACAAGAAACUGACUUGAGAUGCCAAAAUCUCAUCCUUCUGCGUGUGGUCCACAGACAGAUUUAACUGCUGGCUAUUAAAAGGCUAUUUUUCACAAUCAUGUGAAAACAACAGGAGAGGAAAAAAAAAAAACAAUAAAUCUUUUUGUACAUUUGUUUGUCCUUAAGCCUUUACAGCUUGUUCAGUCUUUUUAACCGUGUCCCAAAGUAUGUGGUUCUAGCAGGUCUCUUUUCCACAACCAUGCGGUGUAAGAUACACAGCAUGUAAACUUGAAGGAUCUGCAUUUUAUAUUCUUACCGCAUUCUGUUGGCGGUACAAACAGAAUUUGAACAAAAAAGGCGAACGUUUAAAUGAAUGUACUGUUAACAUGAAGAAUUUUUUUUUUUUAAGUCCCACAGAACUUGAUAUGUAAACAAUUCCCUUAAAAAUCUCAGCCUGACCAUGCUUUCAUCAUGGGCCAUAUUCUUUUAAUCUUUCAUACCUUGUUAGAAGCACUCUAGACACUUUCUUUUAAAUGCUUUAACGUUUUUUUAAAAUGCAGCGUCAUCAGACAGUUAUUGUAGCAUGUCGUCUAAGUUCCGUUUUAAAUUCCAGCUGCUUUACAUUCGCGAUAAACAUGGUUAUGAAAGAAUCAUGUAUCUAAAUGGGUCAAGUUUGUGUUUUGGGUUAAAAUUACAUAUGUACUUCAACCAGAUACAACAUGCUUCUCUUCAAAAAGGCUGCUGUAUACUCCCAAAACACUGACAGGAACUGUAUUAAUGAUAGCCUUACACGUAUAAAAAAUAAAUAAAGCUUUACUGUGUAUUGAGCUGACAGUAUGCUACAGCUGUACUUGCCCAUUACAGUUCUUGUCCAUUAAUAAAAGCCAGAAUGACCAACUGUUAUGACAUAAGGUUAGACAUCAAUUUGUGGGAUACUGUAUUUCUAGUUACUUGAAGUGUAACUACAAAAUUUGACCUCAGUGAAAUUUGUUUUUCUUCUGUUUGACUACUAUUUGUCAUUAUUUAAACAACCCUAUAAAACAUUAUUGUUAACAU